AUGUCACUCAAGGUUGGUUACAUUGGGCUCGGCCUUAUGGGGAAAUCGAUGGCUGCCAACAUUCUCAAGGCCGGAUUCCCUCUGGUGGUGUUUAACCGCACCACUUCAAAAAUGGAGGAGUUGGUGCAGCAGGGCGCACAGGCGGCCUUGUCUCCAGCGGACCUUGCGUCCAAGGUGGACAUUGUCCUAACGAACGUCUCCGACUCCCAAGAUGUGCUCGAUGUGGUUUUUGGAAAGGAAGGCGUCUACUCGGGCAUUUCCCCUGGAGCCAUUUUUAUUGACAACAGCACGAUCAAGGCGUCAACCGCCAGGGAGAUAGCGGAGCGCAUGUGGAAAGACAAGAAGGUGCGUUGCCUUGACGCACCCGUUUCGGGUGGUGACAUCGGUGCCAAGAACGGCACUCUUACCAUCAUGGUGGGUGGCGAUGAAGAGGCAAUGAAAAAGGCCUUGCCUGUGCUGCGUGCGAUGGGCAAAACGAUCACAUACAUCGGUGAGAGUGGAGCCGGUCAAGUGUGCAAGGCUGUCAACCAGAUUAUGGUGGCGACACAGAUGGUGGCCAUGGGCGAAAUGCUCGUUUUGGCGAAGAAGUGUAAUGUGGACGCCGAAAGAGUGAUUGAGGCUGUGAAAGGUGGUGCCGCGCAGUGCUGGACACUUGAUGUGAAACCACAGCGCCUCUUUGCUGGCAAUCGCGAGCCCGGCUUUAAGGCCGCCCUUCAGAGCAAGGACCUCGGCAUUGUGAUGGACACCGCCAGGGAGUUUGGGGCUCUUUUGCCGAGCACCGCCAUCAACGCGCAGCUGUUUCAGUCGAUGGUGCAGAAUGGUGAGGGCGACAAAGACAACUCGGCGGUGGUCGGUGUGCUGGAACGCCUGGCAAACUGCCGCAUCACGGAAAAGAAUAACGCAAACUAA